AGCAUGGUAAGUGGGUAGACAGGCUUACAGCGGGGUGACCAUCGCACGACGCUUGCUGGCUGGGCUGCAGUAGUCUGCUCGCGUAGCACCAAUAGCGCCAAAUUUCAAACCGCGCCUUUACAUAUGACUGUGAUGAUCUUCGAGUGAGCGUUCGCUCUUAGCAACGUCACCGUGACAUAGCAGGCACCACAGGUCGUAACAGGCUUGAAACCAAACAUAGGCAUAUAUCGUUUCGUGCUGGAAAGAACCGGUCAGUUUGAAACAAUGGUUAACGUCCUUAUCGGAUGUUAAACGCGAAAAGCAUAUAGACAUCACUGCUUGACGAACGGUAACCUUAACAAGCAAACAGGUUGUCCCUAUCUAAUCGCAAACAAAACGCGCAGAGCAAAUAACAAUGACAUCCAAACGCCUUCUGGUGGAGCUUUAUUAUGACGUGAUAUCACCGUUUUCGUAUUUAUGUUUCGAGGCUCUUUGUCGAUACCGUCGAUUGUGGAAUAUGGAACUGGCUCUCAAGCCAUUCUUUCUCGGCGGUAUUAUGCGCGAAACUGGAAAUAUGCCGCCUGCUAUGGUACCUAAUCGGGGCCUGUACAUGAUGAAGGAUUUGUCGCGCCUUUCCAGGUACUACCAGGUGCCUUUAAAAAUACCGCAGGAGUUCAUGGAGUGGAUUGUAUCAAGUUCGACAGUCAACGCUCAAAGGUUUCUUUGCGCUGUGCAGGUUGAGGAGCCAAAAUUUGUAGAACCAGUCACCAGGGCGUUCUAUCAGCGACUGUUUGGUGAACAGAAAGAGAUUAUGUCACUGGAGUGUAUUCCAGAAGUGGCGCACACCGCCGGCGUCCCUGAAGAUGUCAUUAAAAAAUGUCUCGAUUCAAUGAAAUCUGGAGAGAUUAAAGGAAUCUUGAAAAAACAUACCGAGGAAGCGCUUGAAAAUGGCGCGUUUGGGGCACCAACCAUGGUAGCCCAUAUUAACGGGAAAAAAGAGAUGUUUUUUGGUCAGGACCGUCUGCAUCUCUUGGCCUAUGAAGCUGGCAAACCCUGGAAUGGACCUUUUCCCGAAAACAACAAGCUUUAGCAAACUGUGCAGUCUUCUUGUUUGAAGUGCCUUAAAGUAUUUAGUUGCUAUACAUUUUGUAGUGAGUGAUGUUACACGAUAAAGCGUAUGCUAUAGCAUAGCCAUAUUGAUUAUUAUCUGUUGAGUAAUGUGUCACACAUUUCUUGUUAAUAAUUUCUCCAAGUCAUGAUUCAUGUGAUUUCAACCACAUGAAUCAAAACACGGACAAUUCUGAGGGUUCUAAGAUACUUCUUACGUAUGGGGCUUACUCGUACCAUAUUUCUCUAAGUUUUGUGUAUUUUAUUUGACAAAACGAUCAAGUUUUAUAAUAGAAAUAAAACUUGAUCGUUUGGCGGAAAACUGUAAAGGAUAAACUUUCAAUAUAUAUUGUUGCAAGGUACUCACAGUUCUAAAUAAUUAAAGAAAAGCAUUGUUAUUAUUUCUGCGUCUUCCAGACAUGGAUAUUUCUGAUCGGUCGCUAGUUAUAUCAUUCGUACAUAAAGUUUCUGGAAAAUUGCUAAUUUUAAUGAUAAUGUAAGCCAUUCUACUUGUGAAAAAUAACAGAUUUAAUGUAGAAAAAUUCCCUUGAGAGGUUUGGCUAAGUCCGAGGAAACUCGUGAUUGUGAAUAUGUAUAAAUAUCUUUCACAUAUUAUCCAUACCAAAAUCGCAGUGUAGUUCUUAUUUGUGCUGCGUAUAGAUAACAAUAUUAAAAAUUGCAGUUAAAGUAUAGAAGGUAGGUGCAUGUCAUUGCUAGAUGUUUAAAUGAUUUAGAAGUCGCCGUUUCACUUUGUAGAGAGGAAACAGCCAGAAAAAUACUGAUCCCUAUUAAAGUUUUCAACAAAACAUCAGCCUUUCAUGGUCCAAGUAACUGAUCAAUCUGGAUGGCGCAAGUAAAAGGUGGCAUUUUAAAGUAAAAAAUUUCUGUUCUAUUGUGGGAAAAUUACUCAAUAGAUAAGUGAAUAUUCGUUUAGACAACUACUCAUUUUUUUUGCGUUUUGCUAUUUUUAGGUUGAUGUAUUAUUAUGAUUUUUCUUAGCAUUUUAUAUUUUUGUAUAUAUAUAUAUAUAUAUAUAUUUUUUUUUUGGCAAGAUUAAUUAACUUUGUUAUCUGAUCGUACACGAUAUAUAGAAUGUAUAAAUGCCGGGCCGGAAGCGGAAGCCUUUGCCUUUUGGAAUGAUGCGAUACUCUCUCAAUUCAUUUAUCAAUUGUAAGUAAAGCAUCAAAAUUACAAAAUCAUAAGAGUUUUAUUUAUUGACCAAUUAGAUAGAAAUUUCGUGUCACGUAUUUUGUUUCUUUUUGUAUUCAAAUAACUACUUUAACAGCACCAACAGUUAGCUAUAGAACCAAGUAGCUCAUACAGUAAUGUUGUGGUCCGUAGUGUGAUACCUCACUUAUCGUCAGCCUCAUAGAACUCAGACAUUAUAUUAAAAAAGAAUCUUCAAAUCCUCGUAUCGUGCGGAGUCUGUAGGUACGAAAAACAACGCAAAAAUGUCCACGUUGAGUUAUUCACUGGUAAUGGACAAUAAAACGUACUCAAAAAUUAUUGAAAAGUUCACACAAAUCAUGUUCAAUGUGUGAUGGAGCGUGACGAAUAAGAGCGCAAAAAGGCUUAGCUUUGUAACUCGAAUCUCAAAAAAAAUACUAUCUGCGCAGUGGUCGCAUCUUCGUAUAUGUACCCGUAUUGCGGGGGCCACGCUGUAAAGCGACGUUCAACGACAAAAGUAGGGUUCGAAAUAAAUAUUUCUAGGCCUACUUUUGUGUACUUUAUGCAUUUACUUUUCUAUACCCAUACUUUUGUAGUAUAAAAGUGUAUUACCGAGGUCGACAAGAAUCGAAAACUGGACCGAACCUAAAUAGAAAACCCUAGAUUUCUACUUUUAUCUUGCUUCAAAAUCAAUUACUGCCGCACAAUGAUUUUACAACUUCUAAACAUUGGUACAAUAAUAACAAGACAUUAAUUAUUUAUUUACUACCAUUCUAUGCACAAAGACGCUGUUGCAAUUAUGGUCGGCCUAUUGUUAUGGAAUGAGCUAUCGAAUUUUCAUCUUAGGAUGUCCUAAAAUUGUACAACAAUGGCUACUCAGGCUUGACAGUAAUAGAACUCGAAAGAUGAAAGCCUGCAUAUCUCUCCUAUUCCAGAGGUAGUGCUUUACGAUCGAAAGUUCCCCAGAAAUUUUUUUCCCUAGUAUCGUCAGCGAGCGAAAGGGUUGUCGAAGUAUGACCAAUUAUGUCGGGUCCGGAAUGGCGUAGUCCGUGCAGCAUCGUUUGAUACCAAUUUUGGCAAAAAAUCAUUAAUGUUAUAUGCUUCCUUUGUUAUUUGCUUGAGGAAUCGUUUAUAGGUUACACUUUACUCACCAGUAAUCGUUUGUUUUAUCUGUUUACAAGUUAUGUCUCUUGUUUUGUUCAGUACUAUCGUCGGAGCAAAUUGCAACAAAAAAAAACAAUGGAAAUAAUCUAUAAAGCGACCGAAUAUAGAAGAAAACGUUCAUUCCAGCGUCGACGAAAAAUCGACUGCUGAUUUGAACUCGGCUGAAUUGUCCCACGUUCUGCUGUAUCAGGCUGUUAUUAGUCACGCGUUUACGUCACAUGUAACUAAUAAUAGCCGUAUAAUAAGUUUAUGAAAUAGUGCGUGAUGCGCAAAGGGGUGACCCUAUGCACGUUUUCCAAAGCGGCCCGAGUUCUGACUAUGGGGUAAAGUGAUAGAUGAAGUGUACUAUAGUAAUCUAACUUACGGACACGUUAGGGUAAUAUCAAAGCAAAAGUUCCAUUGGAUAUUUUACUGCGAAAGACGGAAGUAUUCGUUACUUGUACUCAGAAAUAUAUUGAUUGUAAAGACCACUGUUUUAAACUGUUAAUCGGCACUUUGAUAUAUAUAUGUGUGUGUCUGUUGGAUACUUGCAAAGUUGUAUGCGGUACCGUUUCACAUAUAAUAGACAUGUCACACAGGCGGCGCAGAAAUAAAGAUGAUAUAUACAUGAUGGCCAAUACGCCGAUAUCAAACAAGGUGCCAAUGUUGGGCCUUGGUCCUUUGUCGACUUAGUAUAGGAUUGCUUAUAAUAGUAUAAUAAUAUUAUAUAAUAUUGCUUAAUAUAGGAUUUAGGCCUGAUUGGA